AAGUGUCAGGGACUUUUGUCUCCGUCACUUAGGGGGGUGUGGGUGGGAUUUACACAUGAAAAGUCCUUAUGGAAAUAUGCGGAACUCUUCAUAAGUUGCCCCCAAUAUUCCCACCACCUUGAGAGGACAAGACAUUGGUGGUGUCUAGAACUAUUCUAGAACUAGUCUAGAAGAACUAUUACAGUGGGGAUCCGUAAAAGAAUGAAGAAAAUUCUUUGGAAUUGUUGGGCGCGCGUAUGACGCGUAUUUAUUCCAUCCAGUAUAUACUUUCUAAAGGAAUUUUCCACGUGAAAUGCACCGCAGAAGAAGAGCUUUUCCCGCCUUUUUCAUGUAUCCACUCAUCCUUCUGUGCCUAAAGACAAAGGGAUCCUUUCUCUCUUCCUGUUCACACACCAUUGUGGUGAUUUAUUCCACCUGAUCUAUUUACAAACUUCCAACUGCUUGUGACAUGAAAUUCCCACCCCCAACUCUGUGGCAAAAUUAAAUCCACACUCAAUUGAUGCGCGCGGUAAUUUCUCUUCACUUCCACCCACAUGCUUUUCGAGGUGUGGAGGAAUCCUCAAUCAACGAUCCAUCGUAAGGAUGUGUUGAAGAAGAAACUCUGUAAAUACACGCAUAACGCAACAAUUAGACAACAAUAUGUACGUACAAAUUAUCCGCCUACACAGUAAUCUAAAUUAGACAGAAAGGAUUUUUGGGUUCUUUCUCUUCUAGAGAAAAUAUUGAAGGGUUGUGGUGGGGCUUCUCGGGGGCCGCAACAAAGGACAGAAGGUCACCCAAAUGACGACAAAUACGACCCAUAAACAGCUCCAGGCUCUAAAAGGGCUCCCCUAAUCUAUAAAUUUAAACUUGAGAAACUUUCGCCAUUGCGAGAACCAACCCUCUCUCAUCUUCCCUCAUGUAAGCCCCAUAGUGAGUCAUUCAAGGAGUGAAUUUAUACGCAUUUAUAUCCUUUCUCUCACUCUCGAGGGAAGGUGCGGGUUGGCUAAACUUUCUCUCAAAACUCAAUCAAUUAUAUGGCUCAAAGUUGAUAUAAAGUGAAAUUUUCCAGGAAAAACCAUUUCCUAUUUCAAACGGAAAAUUUGCUACAUUGCGAGUUCUUUUAUGGCAAAAAUGUGUAGGGUAUUGUAAGAAUCGCAUAAGAGGGGGGGGGGGGGCGAUACUGAUGAGUCUGAAAAUCCUCUUAUUGGCCCAAAAUCAUCAAAUAAACACCCCGGUGUUCUUCGGGUGCGCCUCGACCCAACGAAUUUAUUCGAAUUUAAAUUAAUCGAACAGUCGUCGAUCUGCCGAUCGAUAAUAUCGAUCGGCCGAUCGCCGACGAGUUCAGUCAUGUUCGGGCCGUCGGAGAGUGAGGUUGGGUUGGCGGCCACGUGGCCCGAAGUCCGAUCAAUUUAGGUUAAGUCGCCCCAUAGCGACUUGGGGGCCCCUAUUGGGUUCUUACAGUAUGAUAAAUUUUCCUAUUACCAAAAGAUUUUCAAGUGAAAAAUUAUUUCUUUGUUCAUCAUUUAACUGAUAUUAUUAUUCAUGAUAAUUUCAUCCCGUUUUCUCCCGCUACUUUCAAACUAUCUAAUCUCUCAUCCGGAGGAAGCCCUCUCACCAACGUGGGAAGCCUUCAAAUCAACGAUGUGAGAGCAGAGCUCCCGGCAACGGCUGGGGGAAUCAAAAUUCAGCAAAAGUUCAGCAAAAGGGGAUCAGUCGUCAAAUCACAAUAAGAAUUCCAUUGUUGGACGACUCCUGCGAGGCCACGGGACGGUGGGGGAUAAUGUGAAGUGCAGCAAAAGGGGAUGUGAGUCAGUGGUGAGUGAGCAACGUGGCAUAGAGGAGGAUGGUGCUGGGUGGCAGAAGUGCCACUUGCAGGAGCAUCAGAAUCAGUCGUCGGGACGACAAAUACUCCUCGGUAGGAAGCACAAAAGGCGGAUUUACAGAUGCAUCAAGCAGCUGCUGAGGAGACAAUUUAGAGAGCGAUUAGCUGACAACGACCAAGUUACUUAUAUCGAGGUUUUCAACAACAUCAAAAUAAUCAACAACAAUCUGCGUUCAGCGCCGGCGACUCCUUACAGGACUCGUGCCUUGAACGGCAACGGCGGCGCUGCCGGGAGUCCAGGGGCCACCAUGCAGGACGUACGUGUCCGGCUGGAGCGCCCACAGCAUGGGUCACCGCUACACGUGGUCCAGCAACCACGGCCGGCGCAUCUCUUCCAGAAGACCGGCGUCACGCUCACGUGUGACGAGAAUGUCAACAUCACGGCCAUACGGUCGCCCAGCUCCGAGGAGGACAACUCUCCCACCGAGAUGAACAACUGCCGGCGCCUCGUGGAGAAGCCUCCGCUCGUGAAGCGACUCACAAUGGGUCUGCUGCGUGCCACGGAGGAAAGUCGACCACUCGUACGGAAUGCUGGCUCAUCAGUUACAUCCGGAUCCACGCAUACCAUCUGCGAUGGGUACGUAAAUGAGGGCAUUUGUGAUCCAGAGAGAAUCAUCUCCAGCAAAUUCGGGGAUUCAUGCCGAAAGAGCCUCAUGUCCAUGACGAUGGAUACCAGGGCGGAUAGUCAUCAUGAGUUUAGCUUCAAGAAGAACUUCUUAAGGGAAACAAGCAGCGCCAAUUCUAGCCCUAAAAUCUUCGGCCCUUCCCAUCGAACGGACCAUUUGAGCUUGGCGGAGCAGAAUGAGCUGAAGGGCGCUGCAUGGUUCCAGGCAGGCAUUCCGCGAGAAAUUUCCUUAGAAGUCCUCUCGAGGCAGAGUCCAGGGGCCUUUCUGGUUCGACAGAGCAGCAGUAAGCCCGGAUGUUUUGCCCUUUCGCUCAGGGUACCCCCACCUGCACCCAAAGUAGCCCACUAUCUCAUCCUAAAGACCCCACGUGGGUACAAAAUUAAGGGUUUCACCAAGGAGUUCUCAUCCCUGCGUGCCCUCAUAACCCAUCAUUCUGUGAUGCCUGAACUCCUUCCGGUUCCACUUUCGCUGCCACGACCCCAGAAUAUGGCUCCGCCGCGGCGAGAUUUGGAUGAUUUCGACACCUACGGAUCUCUCAAUGAUUUCCGCAAAAUGAUGGCUGAUCUUAAUGUCUGAAUAGCCUUUUGGGCUAUACCCCCUCACCCCCACCCCCCUCCCCUAAAUUCCCUUGCAUAAAAAAAUCCCGAUCAAACAUGUGCCGUGAAAAUGUGAAAUGAUCACAAAAGAGAGUAAAUGAGAAAAGAAAAGAAGAAUAUUUUAGUGGACUCGAUACAAAA